UUCAUAUCUUCCCAGAGCUAGACGCCGGAAACAGGUGUGCGAUUUCUGAUUCUGGAAAGAAGCCAGAGAUUGAGUUGAGAUGGAAGAUUCAGGAGCGAUUCUAUGUCAAAUCUCCGUUUACAAGGACAUGCUUGAUCAGGUCAAUUUGGAAAUCGAGGCGAACAUUCAGGUGACGCGAGAGAUCGAAUCAGAGAUCGUAAAAUGUUCCGAGAUGGAAUCGGCUAUGUCCGUCAAGGAAUCCGAGCUUACUAGAUCGUUCCUCGCUUCUCAGUACGAGCUCACCGGCUUGAUCUCUGUGACAGCCGAUUCGAAAAACUCUCUGAAGCUAUUGGAUGAUGAGAUUCGUCGCCUGAGGAACGAACACUCUGAGAUACUCAGAAAGAUAACCGAAAAGCGGGAAGGGUUUGUGAAGAUGUGCUUUGAGUUUCAGAGGGAGAUUUGUGUUGAUGAAGAUAGUGAAUUCAGGAGUGAGAGGGAGUUUCUUGAAAACCAAGUUCGAGUGUUAGAGGAGAAGAACGCAGAUGUGAAGAACUCGAUUUUGGCUUACAUGGAGGAUGAAAUGAUCAAUCUAUUGUCUGACUAGUUUCUGAAAUGAGGAUUGGAAUGUAAGUAGUACUAGUGACUUUGAUCUCGAUGGUUUUGCUUGACCAGAGAUGAAGUUAGAACUUGUUCUUCGUAAGCCCCAGAGGAUUUUAUUAUACUAUGGAGUAGACUUGAACCUUCGGUUCGAAAAUUUAGAUGUUUCUCUUCCACAGAACUUUGCUGAUCUUUAAGAAGUUCUUGUUUUGUGCUU